CUCGAUUUUGUGAACUCUUUAUCGCUAUCACCGACCUGGAUUCACUACACUGUAACCCUAAUAUGACCGGCGACGACUUACUUCACAGCCAAUCAUUGCCAGAAGAUCUAAUCCUUGAGACACUUUUAAGGCUUCCGGUGAGAUCUCUCCUGCAAUUGAAGUGCGUGUGCAAAUUAUGGAAAACCCUAAUCUCAGAUUCUGAAUUUGCAAAGCGACACCUUCAGAGGUUAACCAUGGAUCCAAGCAUAACCAACCCACAGUUUAUCAUUGGCCGGGGAGACGCCAAAGUUACUUCUUUCCCUGUAAAGCCGUUGUUGGAAAACCCAUCAGAACCUACUGAAGCUGUUGAGUUCAGCAUGGAACAUAGGUUCAGUAUUCUUGGUUCAUGCAAUGGGUUAGUGUGUCUGCUGGAUAUCGACCAAGGUUAUGUCAGAUUGUGGAACCCUUCAACCAGAUUCAAAUCCAAAGAAUCUCCAUCUCUUGGUUCAUUAUUUUAUCAUUGGGCCGUCACAAGUUAUGGCUUUGGCUAUGACCAUGUUAAUGACAAGUACAAGGUGCUACUAGAUGUUCAUUCUCAUUCUCUCGUUAGAAGUGGUUGCAGUGAAAAUGUGAUACUAUAUACUUUUGGUGAAAAUUCUUGGACAAGUGUCCAGAAUUUCCCUUUUCCUAUUCCUACCACUAGUUUCCAAGGAAAAUUUGUAAGUGGCACUCUAAAUUGGGUAGUUGUUCGAGAAGAUGGUGAUUAUAGCCGAACUACGAUUCUUUCCUUUGAUCUUGGGAAGGAGACUUACAGCGAAAUAUUACUGCCUCAAAAUCAAAAAUAUGAUAGUUACAGGGAUUCCAAACCUAACCUUGGUGUUUUGCAUAAUUGUCUUUGCCUGUCUUUUGACAUUGAUACUCAUUUGGUUUUGUGGUUGAUGAAAGAAUAUGGAGUUGCUGAGUCAUGGACUAGACUGAUGAUGAUCCCUGCAGAGCAUUUAUGGAAAGGUGUAGACCAAGGGCCAUAUUGUGUCGUUGAACCCUUGUUCAUUUUUGGAAAUAGUAUUGUUCUGCUGAAAACGGUUGACCGAAUUUUCCUGUAUAAUUUCAAUAGUGGUAGGAUAGAUAUUCCUUUGAUUUCCACCUCGAUUGGGCUGAAACAACAUCUUCACCUUGAGACUCUUGUAUCGCCGCAAUUGUAAACAUACAUUUGUGGAGUAGAGUUUUCUAGGUUUUGCUUACAUUUCUUUAUAGUUCCUCUUAUAUGAAUUUUGUUGCAACUCUCUUUACACAUAAUGGUUUUGUCAUAACUUGUUUGGUAUUUUGCUGGUAUACAUCAAUGAGCCUACUGACUA